UAUUUACUUCCCUUUGUUCAGACGUUUCUUUAUUCUUCUUCUCCUUCCUUCUUCCUACAUCGAUCGUGUUCAGAAAUCAUAUUCAUUACACAACUCUUUCUCUCUCUCUGAGUUGGAUUCUUUUAUAACAUGUUGUGAUCCCUGUUCGGUCAGAGACGAGUAGAAGCAAAGAAUAUUAAUAGAAAUGAUGAAAAUGAAUGUAGGAACGACGCCCUCCGUUGUCGGCAGCGGCGGAGUUAGCGGCAAUGAAUGGGAGUCCCGACCUGGAGGAAUGGUUGUGCAAAGACGAACGGAUCAGAGCUCCGAUUCGCCACGUGUCAUCCGCGUCCGGGUCAAAUACUUGUCGGUUUACCACGAGAUCAACAUCAACUCCCAAUCUAGCUUCGGAGAGUUGAAGAAGGUGUUAUCUGGUCAGACCGGACUUCACCACGAAGACAUGAAGAUACUGUACAAAGACAAGGAGAGAGAUUCGAAGAUGUUUCUUGAUCUUUGCGGUGUUAAAGAUCGGUCAAAGCUUGUUCUUAAAGAAGAUCCAAUGGCUCAGGAGAAACGUCUCCUCGAGAAAAGGAAAAACGCCGUCAUUGAGAAAGCUAUGAAAUCAAUCGCCGACAUUAGUCUCGAAGUCGACAGGCUCGCCGGACAGGUGUCGGCGUUCGAGACGGUGAUUAAUAAAGGAGGAAAAGUUGAAGAGAAGAGUCUCGUGAAUCUGAUUGAGAUGUUGAUGAAUCAGUUGCUGAGACUUGACGCCAUAACUGCUGAUGGAGAUGUGAAGCUAAAGAGGAAGAUGCAGGUGAAAAGAGUUCAGACGUACGUUGAAACACUUGAUGUCUUGAAAGUCAAAAACUCGACCAAAAAAGUCGACAUUAACAAGUCGGUGCGCCACAAACCGCAAACGCAGACGCAAUAUCAGCAACGCGAUUUGUUAUCGUUUGUUGAUGAAGGGGUGGAGGAGGAGCCUAGGAGGGACUCAGGCGCGUCGUCCUCUUCGGGUACUCCAGCGAUUGGAACGAAUAAUUGGGAGACGAUGCUUGAUUCCACAUCGGCGGCUAAGGCACCGGUUGAACCGGUUAAACCGGUCCCCCCAAGAUUCAAAUGGGAGUUCUUCGAUUAAGCUAAAAUACACUAUCAUACGUACACGAUAUAUAUGUAUUUUUCUCCGAUUUCAUGUGAUUUGUGAUUGAUCUUGGCAAUUUUUUUUGGUUUGUUUAGAAUAUUUUUUGUUGGUCUUCCCUUGAAGUCAAUUCCCAAAUAACAAGGGGAGUUUCAACAAAUAUAGUUUCUUCAUCAUCAUCAUAAUCCCGUCAUUGUAAUACCUAAAGAUUUGAAUUUUCUUUACUAAUACAAUAAAAGUUACGGAAAAGUUGUAAUAGUUUUAUGAAAUAUUUGCUUAUAUGAAUGUUUCUUUUCGGUA